AUUAUUUAGUUUGGCAGUGCAUUAAUGUGGGGCAGCACGGUAAGGAGAAGGGAGCACAGUGGUGCAACUUCAAUCUGCAGCCUUAUGUCCGAUGUUUUGAAUGAGAAUUUUGAUCAAUGACAUCUCAUACCUUCUCUAGACGCAUUCCCACCCCACUGCUACUUCGAUUUCCAAUCAUUGCAAUAGAAUAGUGAAGGUAGGUAGGAACUUGGUGAGAACAUCGACUUCUGAACAUCGAAAAUGAAGCUCGAAAUCGAACUCUACUACUGAAACCACUUGAAACAGUGUACCGAAACAGUGGUUUGAAUUUUUCAAAUGUUCCUUCGUGAUCGAAUUAAUCUGCUGCAGGGACAACAAAAAGCCUAGUUUGGGUAUUCAAUCGUUGGAUUGAAUUUUCUCCAAACGUCUGAAUUCAGACAGCUUCAAUCGUGAGAGAUGUCUUCUUGCUGACUUUUUUCUGGUUACAGCCGUCGUAGAAUUGCUACAAGUGCUGUAUUUUUGAGAAACAGUUUUAAUUUUUUCUAUUAAAAUCAAAAUGAUGAACGCUAAGAACGUCAAAAUCCAUGGAAUGAAAGACGAAAGGUGGACGAUUAGAGACAAGCUCCAUCAAUAUCGAGGGAUUCUUAAGUUGUACGCUCGUGAAAAAAAGCUACAAGUUAUCAACGCUGGUAGAAUAAAAAAAAAAGUCUCGAGGGAUCUGAAAAUCCUCACUAAGGAUGUUCAAAAUUAUCGAGAAAUUAUACACGAUUCUAUCGAUGGCAACAAAAGACGUCUCAGGACAAUCUUACAACAUCACAGAGAUUACCAAUUGGCUUUUCAAAAUAUGCCGCCUGAUGAUGCGUACGAAGCUAUUUAUCAACGUAACGACGUGAAUCGUAGGCAGUUGGACAAAUUAUAUUAUCUUAAAAAAAAAAAGAUGAAAGAAUUCUUCGACCUGAAGCUGGAAUGUGCGCUACUUAGAGAUAAAUAUGAACGUGAAAAGGAAUAUAUUCCAGAUUAUGGUCAUCAGCAACUAACUAACCAAUAUCAACAUUCUAUGGCGAAACAAAGUGCGGCUGCAGCAAUUAGACGCACUUACGAGAACAUAUUGACCAUUUUAAAAAAGGAUGCAAAAUACUUCAACGCUGUUCUUGACGCUUUAGUAGAGGAUCGAAAAUCACAGUGUAAAGUGUUGAUAAAAGUAACUGAAAUGGGUCAACUUGCAACUGAAAAUUUAGACGAUACAAGAACAAGAUAUAAAAAUCUAGAGCGCGACGUACGCGUGAAUAUGAAGGAAAGGGAAAGAACGCUAAACAUCGUUAGAUUUCAAGUCGACGAUCUAUGGGCGUAUCUUCAAUCCCUCGUUAGAACAGAGAGCGAAAUGAAUCUCAACGAGUUGACCGACAACGAAGCGAACAGUGAAAACGAUCUUCAAAGGGAGAUUAAAGACCUGGAAAAGGUAUUCGAAAACAUAAAGGAAUCGAUGCUCGUUCGUUCUUACGAAGAAAUAUUCCCGAGGUUUGAAGAGCAAAUGCGACAAAAAUCACGUCUUAUAACGCAGUUUAAUCACAAUAUAAGAGACCGGGACGGAUUUCUUAAUAAAAAAUAUCACGCAACACUGAUUCUCGCCACUCUCGAGCACAGCAUGAUAUCCACUACGGCGCAAUACAAAGCAGAGAAAAAAAAGAUGCUGGAAGAGUUAGAGGCGCAAAGAAAGCGAGAAAUUGAUAUGAAAAAUAUGAGAAAAGUUCGUGGAGAAUUAUUAAUGAACAUAAGAGCUGCGUUACAGAAUAUGAACGAAAUGUUAACCUGCGUACAGUCAAAAAGUAUGAAAAGUAAAGGACAAAAGGGUGAUGCGGUGGAGGAGAAAAAAGAGAAGGUAUCGGAGGAACAGCAACGGGAAGCUCAAGAACAAUCGGAUGAAACUGCAGACGAACCGCAAAUGGUAAAAACUGAGACAAAUGGUUUGGCCUUACUCUCUCAAGUCAGUCACAAGGUAGCCAUGAUUUCUGGUGCUGGGGGUCCAGAACUUGACAAGGAUCGAAAAGAAAGGGCGAAGGAUAUGUACCAGACUUACAUCUCGGAGUAUAAAUCGAAGCUCAAAUACGGAAAAGAACCAGAAAUUACUGGCUUCUUCGUGGAACAUGAAGUAAUAGAUACGUCGGUUUUGAGCCGGACUGACGUGAAGCUGCGGAGCAGACAAAUCGUAGAAGCGAAUCUCAAGCCUGAAUGAAUAAUUAAUGCUUCAAACGCUGCAGUCAAUGUAUAAUGAUGAUUAAUAAAAGAUUUACUUCAACAGAAUGAAAGUCAAAUUAUCGGUUUGAAAAUAUGAGACAAUAUUUUAUCUAAAGAUGUCCGAAUGUAGAAAGUUCAAGCUCCAAUUUGGUUCAAAUCUCGUUCAUCUAAGUGCAUUUUUCAGAAAGUUAUGAGCGUUUGAAGGAUGAUCACUUUCGCGCAGGUGUCGGGGGUCAUGUUGUCAUGCUCUGACCCAAAGCACCCUUGAGUGCAUUGAUGAAUGAGAUGCACCAGCCAAUCAGCGUUUACUACGAAUACCCCUUCUACUACGCGUAGUACUACGAAUCAUACUACGAGUAGUACCAUUGACAAAUAGAUUACCUAUCUACUCUCAAUCGUUGUACCGUUGUCGUACUAUUUCGUAUACCUGCCUAUUCUCAACAUAUUCUCAACGUUCGUACUAGGUUAGUUCGAUUAUGCGCAGGCGCGAGAGGGACCGAAUUUGUAGUUUUCGUGAUUUGUUAUCUCUGAAAAUAAUCUGACAAUCACCCAUUUUUAGUUCUGAAAUAAAAGAAUGAAGCUAUAGUGCAAUUUAGAAAUAAAAGAAUGGAGGUAUCCAAAUUGGAAAUAAAUUUUUGUGAUCAAAAUUCGAAUAUUAAUGGAUUUCGUAGUUUUUCGAGAACUAAGCACUCACAUCAGCGAAUGUCAACCUUAGAGUGAAGUACCAUUACCAAGGUAAUGUUCUUAUCAAGAUCUCAUCAGAAUCUCGCAACCUACUACCGGUAGCCAGUUGUACGUAAGUACAGUCUUGAAUGAUAGAUCUUUUCUGUGCGAUAGCCACCAAGUAUUCACA